UGGAGGUAGCCAGAGGUGGAUGAUCACAGAACUGAUCUUUGAGAACUCCGUACAUGACUCAUUGGAAAAUGACCCGUUUCCCCUCGCGUGGCAGAAGCUGCUGUGUUUAACUUUUGCCGAAUGUCCAUUUGCCUGCGGGAACCGCGACUGGGAGCGGCUGUCAGUCACGCAAACCCCGGAAUAACUGCAUGUCUCUGUGCCCGCAGGACAUGGAAGGGCCGACUGGCUGGGAGCCGCAGGGCGCCGAAGCGCUGCGGCGGUUCCAGGGGCUGCUGAUGGACCGCCGCGGCCGCCUGCACGGCCAGCUGCUGCGCCUGCGCGAGGUGGCCCGGCGCCUCCAGCGCCUCCGCCGACGCUCCCUGGCGGCCAGCGUGGCGGGCAGCUCGCUGAGCGCCGCGGGCGCCGUGGCCGCCAUCGUGGGGCUCUCGCUCAGCCCGGUCACCCUGGGGGUCUCGCUCCUGGCGUCGGCCGUGGGGCUGGGGGUGGCCACCGCCGGCGGGGCCGUCACCAUCACGUCCGACCUCUCCCUGAUCUUCUGCAACUCCCGGGAGGUGCGGAGGGUGCAGGAGAUCGCGGCCACCUGCCAGGACCAGAUGCGCGAGAUCCUGAGCUGCCUCGAGUUCUUCUGCCGCUGGCAGGGCCGCGGGGACCGCCAGCUGCUGCAGAGCGGGAGGAACGCGUGCAUGGCCCUGUACAACUCCGUCUACUUCAUCGUUUUCUUCGGCUCGCGCGGCUUCCUCAUCCCCAGGAGGGCCGAGGGGGCCACCAAAGUUAGCCAGGCCGUGCUGAAGGCCAAGAUUCAGAAACUGGCGGAGAGCCUGGAGUCCUGCACGGGGGCUCUGGACGAACUCGAUGAGCAGCUGGAGUCGAGAGUCCAGCUCUGCACGAAGUCCAGACGUGGCCACGACCUCAUGAUCUCUGCUGACCAGCCCUCAGCGCUGUUUUCCUGAGAACAUCCUUUCUCCUAAUGACCGAGGCCAGAAACCAUUCCUGUGGGAUGCUCCAGAUAUGUAGCUCCCUCAGGAAAACACUAAGCUGUGUUAGGAGCUGAGUGCAAAGGAUGAGAAAAACUGUUCUUGAAGCGGAGGGUUCUCACAGCCCUUCUUUUCCCAUCACUGUGACAUCCUGCUAAGGAUAAGUGCUAGAAACUGUUUACUUGCCUGAUCCUAGUAGAAUAUGUGACCUGAAAACCAUUUCUUCUCUACACAACUGCUCAGUCUUCCUGUCACUGGGCACUCCAGUUUCAAUUGUUGGGUGGACCCUGGGCCUGCCCUGGAGGUUUGAGCUGAGGAUGCAGAGGGAGCAGACUUAAUCACCCUCUGGGUCCUCUCCAAGCCUUACUGGGCUUGGAGGUCCUCCUCAGAAAGCCUGUGGGAGGAAACAUAAGCUUUAAAAUCUGUCUUUCGGAGUUUCUGAGUACAAAGACCUCCAGAAUCCAGUAAAGUGACCAUCUCUGAACAGUAUAGGAGGGUUCAGGGCCCAAGAGAGGCCCUGCCCUCUGACAUGCCCUCCUGCCCCCCACCCCUCUUCAGCUAUCCAUUCACAGAUCCAGCCUGAGGCUGGAGUGGACCUUCCUGGGUGGCUUCGUAUCCAGGCUCUGAGAGGGGAAACCAACCAUUCAUCUAAGUACUGCUUCUCGCAGGAAGAAACUGAGGCCAAGGAAGAUGAAGUGACUAUAGCCUUAUUUACUGACAUCGUAGUGUAGAGACGAGAGCAAUGGCUUUGAGUUAGACAGUCCUGGGUUUAUUACAGACUGUCACUACUGUGUGACUUUGGCCAAUUAGUCUCUCUGACUCUUGGCUUCCUGGUGGGUAAAAGAGAGAUGCUAAAACCUUACUCUGUUUUGAGUCUUAAAUGAGAUAAAGUGCCUAGUGCCUAGCAAAAUGUCUGGCUCACAAAGAGCAGCCCCUGGUCUGGCAGCAUCGGCAGCACUAGGGAACUGGUUAGAAAGGCAGAUUCUUGAAUCCAACCUCUGACUUACAGAAUCAGAAACUCUGGAGGUGGGGCCCAGCAACCUGUAUUUAAACAAGCCCGCAGGGGGAUGCUGAUGCCUGCUAAGAUUUGAAGGAAAACCACUGCAACAGAUGUUAAUUUCUGAUCCCCUCGAUGAGCUUUCACAGAGUCUUAUGGCCUCUCUCUAGGGGCCCCAUAGUCUUCAGAAUCAUUCACUGAAGGUCAAGGAAGGACUGUGCCCCAGAAAUAAAGAAUGUGUGGGCACUGGCCAAGGCACCUGGGGCAGCUUCCCACCAUGUUAACUAAGGGAUGUAACACAAGCCCUAUAGAGGGCAGUGUUGUCCACUCAUUGUAGAAACUGGUACAGAAAGGAAUGUGAAUUUAUUGGAAAUCGACCUUGAUUGCCUUCUCUGAAAACUGCCAGACCAUGUAUUUUUUAAUUUAUUUUAAGUUUUUUAAUUUAAUUACUGUUCAUUAUUUGCUUCUAAUUUUAUUUAAUCAUCACACUUAGAAGAUAAUAGGAAUAGCAAGUGCCUGAAUGGGAGACGACUGAGGCUCUUUUCAGGAGAAGAGGUUGAGUUUGACUUUCUGAGGCUGGCCAUGAGCUCUCCAUGGAUAAGUCUCCCUCCUUCCCACCUGAAGGAAAUGUGAGAAGUUGUGAAUAGAGAGACCGGAGCUCAGUGUAAGCUUACCAAUGGGGGCUUGACUUGCAGAAUAUACAAGUGGUGCGGGCAUAUUUAACCUGAAGGUACUUUGCCAGCAGAUAACACUUGAUCUGAAAAGAGAACCUACUGAGCUCAGGGUUCUGAACUACUUUUCAGGAAAAAAAUUAAAGGCAUGGGAAGGAAGCACUUAGACCUUGGAAGCCUGAUGUCCUGUGAAGUUAUGUCUUAGGGGAGACAGAAUAGCUUGUGCAAUGGCGGUGAUGUGUCGUAUUUUUAUGUAGGGAGCUGUGAGAAAUCUGUAAGCUUCUUCUGAAAAAAUAUACUUUCUAUAAUUUCCAUUUCUACAACUUCAGUGUUGAAAAGCAUGUUGAAAAGUCUUUGGGACCACACACACAAUACGUAGCUGUAUUUCUUAAUUAUUUAAUAUACUUUUAAUUUAUUCCAUUUUCUCCCAGGCUUCCCAAUGAUGGCAGAAUGCCUGAGGAAGUAUAAUUUUAGUGUUGGGGGGAGUUGGUUAGUGGUUCUGCAUGUUAAUUUGUUCUAUAAAUUUCAAUCGAUCUGUAUCCAGGUUUAUUUUCAGUUUGGUCCUGGUUUCUUUUCAACUGGUGUCAUUUCCUAGACUAUCUUGCAUAGACGCUAGCAUUUUAGGUUGCCAGAAUGUACUUCACAUUGUCAUUUGUGUUCUGUCUCAAAGGUACAACCACUCCCUAACUCCAUCUUCUAUUAAUGCUUAAGUUUGAAUUCUAUUCUCCCAAUGCCUGAGCUGUUCCCUAGCAAUGAACUGGGCACUUUCGGCAGCAGCAGUGAACACUUCCUGUCGUUGGGGUAUCGGGAAUCUGUCCAAGUCCUGGCCCUCCUGAAGUUUUCAGUGGCCCACUUUACAUCUAAGGAAGAGUGUCUACUUUGGAACAACGAUGUGCACAUAACAGGAGCUCAAUAAAUGCAUUGGAAUAAUUUAAUAAGCUGCUUAGCUGUGUUAACAGAAAUUCGUUGAUAAUGAAAGGCCACCCGUCCUCCACACGUCUGUUAUAAAGAUUGGAGCUUCUAUCAGGAUUUAGUCAAGUUCAGUUCAAUGAAUCCUAGAGACAAAUAUUUAUUUAUUUAUUUUGUGGAAACGUGAAUAAGGCUUUUCCUUAAGGCCUACAUUCUAUGAACAGAUUGAAAUGGUAUGUUGUAAAGGGAAGAAGGGAGAAGGGUAUUUAGGUCAGAAGUGUACUUCGGAAAAUGGUCCCAAUUUUGAAAAAUAAAUAUGUUUAUACUAAAGAUUUAAGUGCUUCUUGUAGUUUCUAGGUUUUACAGUCAUUUUGUUUCCCAAUAAAGGAGACUCAAUAAAAAUGCAUUCUGCUCUAGUAAAAAAAAAUUCUUAGCAAACAUUCUGAUUCUAACUGCUUUGGUGCAUUUACUGUCAGGCACCUGUCAUUUCCAACAUGGUAAAUGUCAAAGUCACGAGUGUGUAUGGAAAGAAAAAAGAGAACAGUGGUGUAGAAGCCACUCUUGACCAGAUAUGUCCAACAGUCAACUUGAUAAUAGUUUGCAUUCAAUACCUUGGUGUGAACAGGAAGAGGGAAUGGAGAAAUUGGGAUAAAGACACUAUGCAGAGACAAAUGGGGUGUAGUUAAAUGCAGAAAUCUUUGGGUUGCAUGGUUUUUUUCACUGCAGCAAAAUUAGUUUUCUCUUUAUUGAAAUGAAUUGCCUACGCCUCAAACAUUUUAGAAAAAGAUUUUAUUUAUUUACUUUUAGAGAGAGGGGAAAUGAGGGAGAAAGAGGAGAGAAGUGUCAUUGUGAGAAAGGGUUGCCUCUCUUACACACCCUGACCAGGGACCGGACCCACAACCCAGGCGUGUGCCCUGAGGACCUUUCGCUUUGUGGGACAACACCCAACUGACUGAGCCACACCGGUCAGGGCAAACUUUUUGAUCUCUGUAAUUAAUCACCUAAUCUCAAGUUUGCCUGUGUAUGAAUUGAUAACGUUGGACAAGAGCAGGUAUUUAAUAAUUAAUUCACUUAGAAUAUUCAGUAUCAAACUGUAAAUCAGUUUUUAAAAAGUAACCAACUCAUGUACAGGAAUACGCUCAUAAUCUAGAAAUCAGACUUCCGGCACUUUCAAAAUCAUUGAAUGUAAUUACCACCUGGGAAGUAAUCAAAAGGAAAUUCAGGAUUAGCUAAAUUAGUCUUCAGAAAACCAGGAGAGAGGCAGAAAGGGAGGGCAAGGGGUAGCAUCUGUAUUAGGAGGCAAAAUUAUCCCACAAUGGAGACUUCACCAUGCAAGUCACGGACCUUGACUGUAAGAUAGGCUGGGAAAUGCAGUAAUUUUUAACUGAGAAUUGGCUAAUCUCAAUAUACCUAGACUUCUGUUUGUAAGGAAGAAAAGGAAGGUAGACACAGGGUAGGGUGUCCAGGGAUCCAAACAAAGAGCCUGUAGUGGUUGCUACAUUCGGUUAAGAGCUACUGCCCUGGAGAUGAUCUCCCAGAGUGGCAGGCUCUAGUCUCCCCACCUUGGAAGUAUCCCUGGGUCCGAUGUUGCACCAUUAGUGAGUGUGCAACCAAGAAAAAAAAAGCCGUGUUGGCAAGACCCUGACUGUGUUUGCAAAGGCCAGCCACAAGCGGGAAUCCUGUUUUUGCUGUAGCAUCUGCAUUCCUGUCAUAACAAGUGCUCUUUUAGUUAAUUGCAAUAAAUCUUUCCUUGUUGAAUUGACAGGAGGUGUGGAUGUUAAAUUUUUGCUCCUGGCAAACUCGGGUAAAUCCUGCUGUGGUCUGGAAUAAAACAAAGAAAACAUCUGGAAAUGACCCCUCAGCAACCGUAGAGUUGUUAGGGGAGGGGAAAUUGUGCUGAUGGAGCAAGACCCUUCUAGGGACCAGAAAGAAACUUUAGGGACGCUCCAAUGUGGUCUCGAAAGGACAGGGAAAGCUCGUCUAUAGGAAGCUACAUCUGCAGAGAAUGAUGUUUAAUACCAUCUCAUAUUUCCAAUGUAACCCCAGGGGCGGGAGUGCAGGCAGGCCUGCGAACUGACUUGCCCCGAACUUUAACAACCAGUCACAGCCCAGGCCUCUGCCUCCCAACCACACGGAAGUCAUAGCAAGGCUUGUUCUGGGGUUUGUGUGGAUACAGUUGCCUAAUUUACCCAAAUCGUUGUCAUUGGAAGAAGUUUUUUGUGUAGAUGGAAUUAGGGAGGAGGGGCGGUGUCUAAAACCUUUCUUUUAGGCUAAACAUGUCUAUUUCUAGGCUCCCUGGUCGACAUGUAGACAUUUGUUCAGCCCGCCCCUUGUUGCUGAAAUUGCACCGUCAAAAUGCCCUUGAAGAACAAUACUUUCCUCGGUGCUAAAAUAAAAUGACAUUUAAGUAAUAAAUAUAGAAAAUAAAUGUGGAUAUUUAAUGGUAAUAAUUGGUAACAUUUAUUGAAAACUGACUAGGUACUGUUCUAAGUACAAUUUGACAUGUAUUAUCACAUUUACAAAAAUCUUACGAGGAGGAGACUGUCGUUACCCCAUAUUGUUAGAUAAAGAAAGUGAGAGAACAGAGAGGGGACACAGCAGCCCCAGAACUUGAAUCCUGGCAGGCUGACUUUGGCGUUAUUCUCUUAGCUCUUCUCAGAGUAACUUUUUUCCUAAGAUAAACUAAUAGCUCAUGAUAGUGGCAACAUUAAUAAUGAACUGACAGAUUCAUUUCUUCAUCCAGAAAACAUUUAUUGAGUGUUCACCUUGUGCUACCUACUCUCACUUGUGAGCAAUGCAGACAGGCUUCUAGACAGAUCCAUGGCACUAACAAUCUGGAAAUCUAGGCAGGGAAUUUUAUGGCAAUAGGUGAAGCACUAAGAAAUUAAAAUAUCAUUUUGCAAAUGGCUAGUAUUUGGGGAAAAAAAAAAAGCAAUGUGGGAGCAAUGUGAAAAGGAUCAGGCUUCAGCUUUGGUCAUAAAAGCCUGUACACAGAUAUUUUGUAACACUGCCUCAGAGGCUCUGAACACGCCAAGAUUCUUGGGAACGAAACACCUGCAAGGAGAGGACGUGAUUAAUAACAACUUUUUGCUAACUGCUGGCUGCUGCGCUGGGGCGGAAGGCAUCCACAGACGGCACACAUAGAAAGGAAGGAAUGACUGGUUCGGCAGGCCAGUCCAGAUCUUGUAUAAAAACCUCUGAAAAUGAAACUUUGGGGUCAUUCCAUUGAAACUGUCACUGAACCUGCCGGUCGGUUUUCUUCCUGUUAGGAGUGCGUGCUCAAUUUCAGCAUGAUAGCCACGGCCUAGAACUGCAGGGGACUUGUGGGUGGGGAAGCAGGUGUGAGUAGGAAUAAGACUUUAGGUAUCAUAAAGCUUCAGAAUAGCAA